AACAACAACACACAACAACAACACUGGUGACUACUACUUUUGUCUCUUCCUCUCUUUUGUCGGUAAUGGAAUUACCCGUCGUAGAUCUGUCUCGUUACCUCGAAUCUUCCGGUGAUCAAUUAGGAUCCAAUCUUCUCGAAUCGUGCCGAGAAGUGAGUCGGAUCCUAAAAGAAACCGGAGCUCUUCUUGUCAAAGAUCCUCGAUGUACCGCUCAAGACAACGAUCGAUUCAUCGAUAUGAUGGAGACUUAUUUCCAAAAGCCCGAUGAUUUCAAACGAUUGCAACAAAGACCUAAUCUUCACUAUCAGGUUGGUGCGACGCCGGAGGGAGUGGAAGUUCCGAGAAGUUUGGUUGAUGAAGAGAUGCAAGAAAAGUUCAAGACAAUGCCUGAUGAAUACAAACCACAUAUUCCUAAAGGACCAGAUCAUAAGUGGAGAUAUAUGUGGAGAGUUGGUCCUCGGCCAUCAAACACACGGUUUAAGGAGCUUAAUUCUGAGCCUGUUAUACCGGAAGGUUUUCCAGAGUGGAAAGAAGUAAUGGACUCAUGGGGUUACAAGAUGAUAUCCGCGGUUGAGGUUGUUGCUGAAAUGGCAGCAAUCGGUUUUGGUUUGCCUAAGGAUGCAUUUACAUCACUCAUGAAGCAGGGUCCUCAUCUUCUUGCUCCAACGGGAAGUGAUCUUAACUGUUACAACGAGGAGGGGACGAUAUUUGCAGGAUAUCACUAUGACCUCAAUUUUCUAACGAUUCAUGGAAGAAGUAGAUUCCCUGGUCUAUAUAUUUGGUUAAGGAAUGGGGAGAAGGUUGCGGUUAAAGUUCCUGUAGGCUGUCUCUUGAUUCAAACUGGAAAGCAGAUAGAAUGGUUGACCGCUGGAGAAUGCAUUGCUGGAAUGCAUGAAGUGGUUGUCACGAGCAAGACUAAAGAUGCAAUCAAAUUAGCAAAAGAACAAAACAGAAGCCUAUGGAGAGUUUCCUCGACUUUGUUUGCCCACAUUGCCUCUGAUUCUGAGCUGAAACCUUUGGGACAUUUCGCGGAAUCAACACUGGCGAGUAACUAUCCUGCGAUACCUGCAGGAGAGUAUGUUGAACAAGAGCUCUCUGUCAUCAAUCUAAAAGGAAAGAAGGGAUUUUCAUAGUUUCAGUGUUCAGCCAUGAACCAGUUGCAUUCAUGGGUUGACAAAUAUAAAUCUCUGCUUUUGGUGAAGCAUUUGAUGUUGAUAACUCAGAAUUUGGUUGAAUUUAAAUCUUGUAUUUGUUUCAUUUGAACCGGUGAAAACUUUUUAUUGGUCAACUACAAAUAAAAAUUUAACGCAUUA